AUGCAAGUGGAUGAUCAACAGGAGAAUCAGAUAUCCUCGGAAUCUCAGGACAGUAUGCCUCAGCUUUCACUUCCUCCCAAUCUGAAGUUCGGACCUUUUCCCAUUGCGUCCCAGGUGUUUCACCUGUCAAGAAGUCGAUUGUCAUUCGGAUUGGUCAACUUGAAACCCAUUCUUCCCGGGCAUGUCUUGAUCUGUCCAGUGCGGGUAGUUCCAAGAAUAUCACAACUCAGUGCUGCAGAGACCUCCGACCUAUUCAACACUGUACGGAUAGUUUCGCGAACCUUGGAACGAGUCUACUCUGCCAGUGCGCUCAAUGUGGCCAUUCAAGAUGGUGUAGAUGCCGGCCAAUCAGUACCACACGUACAUGUUCACAUCAUCCCAAGACAGAAAGGGGAUUAUGACCACCGUGGAGGGGGCGAUGAGAUUUAUGAAUCGAUGGACGGUGAAGAGGGAAAUGUUGGAAAGGCCUUUCUCGAGAUGCAAAGCCAGAGGAGUCACCGUAUGAAUCACAGAAAGGAGUUUUCAGCUGGACCCGACAGUGACAGAAAGCCAAGGAGUGCAGAUGUCAUGCAGAAAGAGGCAGAGUGGUUGAGGAGUGAGAUGGAGAAGGACCGGACAGCAGAUGACGAUGAAGAAGGCUGA